AUUGCAGUUUGUUAGUGCGGGCUGCCGCAUCGAGCUAAAUAAACUAAUUACAAGUUAUUCCAAAAUCACGUUUUAUUUUUAUUUCGUGACGUCCUAUGCUAAUUUUUAAUUGUUGAAUUAUUUGAUUUUGGAUUGAAUAACAUCUCUCUUCUUCGGAAGUAUCGGAAAGUUUGUUUAAAUUUUCUGUAUGUGGAUUUGGAGCAAGCUUGGUCUUAGAAAUCCCAUUUCUAAACUAAUGUCGUUCCUGUUACCUUCUUCUUCUCCUCAGAAAGCGAGGCAACUUCCGGUUGUUGUAGUUCUCGGAUCAACUGCUACUGGAAAGAGCAAGCUAGCCAUCGAUCUUGCAAGUCAUUAUGGGGGAGAAGUUAUUUCCGCAGACUCGAUGCAGGUAUACAAAGGACUUGACAUUCUGACAAAUAAAGCAACGCCUGAGGAAAUGCGAGGCGUGCCCCACCACAUGAUUGGAAUUGUUUCUCCCUUAAUUAUGAAGGACAGGAAGGAAAAGUUUGAUGUUGUCCAUUUCCGUGACCAAGCGUUACCGCUGGUGGACAAUAUUUUGAAAGCUGGAAAGAUUCCCUUCAUAGUGGGGGGAACAAAUUACUACAUUGAAAGUUUACUUUGGGAAAUUCUUAUUGCUGAAAAACAUAAAGGUCUUGUACAAGCCCCAGAUAAUCCUAGAAAACGAAAAUCACAAGAUACUCAUCAUGAUGAAGAUGAACAUAAUUCAGAAAAUGUGGAUAGCGAAACUCUGAACAAUCCAAUUAUCCGUCAGUUUUACUCAAAUCAUGGUCGUGUAGAAGAAGUAGAUAUCAAAUCUUGGAGCAAUCAAGAAAUUUACUCUGCGUUGCAAUUGGUCGACUCGGAAAGGGCCAACAGAUUGCAUCCGAAUGAUAGGAGAAAAGUUAUCAGGUCUCUUCAGGUUAGAUUUCAAACUGGCAGGAAACAUAGCCAAUUAAUUGCACAACAAUGUUCUCCCUUGGAAUGUGAAGAUCCUGACGGAGAUUGCAUAAAUCCAUCAGCAAACAGAGCAUUAGGUGGGCCAUUAAGAUUCCCUGAGGCUAUCUGUCUGUGGAUUCAAGCUGACAAAGAUAUAUUGCAAAAGCGAAUCGAAGAUAGAGUUGAUAAUAUGGUUUCAUUGGGGUUGAAGCAAGAAUUGAAUUCGUACAUUGACCUUCUUAGAAAAGAAAAUUGCAAUCUCAACUACGAAGAAGGAAUUCUUCAGUCCAUUGGUUUUAAAGAAUUUCACGCAUAUUUUCAACUGGAAUCCCAUGAAAGGAAUAGCUCCGUAGGUAUUGCAAAAUUUGAGGAAGGAAUCACACGCCUUAAAAUAGUCACAAGACAAUAUGCAAGGAAACAAUUGAAAUGGGUGAACCAACGUUUCAUUCUGCCUCACCGCCGAGAAGUGCCUCCUGUUUACAGUAUUAACGGAAAUCUUGUUGAUCAAGACAAUUGGGAGAAGAAUGUAUUUGCCCCUGCAGUUGAUAUCAUUGAGGCUUAUCUAGAAAACAAGUUAGAUUUUCCCUUAUUAAAAGAGAGACUAGUUGUCGGAAAAUGUGACAUUGAUGAAGAUGUGGUGGCUAGAGUUUGCGAAACUUGUGAUAAUCGAGUUUUUAUAGGCAAAAUGCAGUGGUUUGCUCACAUGAAGUCCAUAAAACAUAGAAAAAUGCUGAAAAAGAAAUCUGCUGCAGAAGCAGUUGUUGGAAAAAUUCAUCCUAAUAACUUAAAACCAGAGGUGCAAGAAAAUAAUGAUUCGAGUAAAACGGUAGUUUCUUCAGCAUGAAUACACAUUUACUAUUAUUUAUAUAGAAUGUGUGUAUUUACAAAUAUUUUUGUUAUGUACCAAGUAAUAAAACUAUUUUAAGUCACUUUUUUGAUAAAUUUGAAUAUAAGGUUCUGUCAAUGUCAA